UCCUCACCAGUUUGUCCAGACGGGAGGCGUCCUUCUUGUGUAUGAUAUAAAAUGAGAGCCAAGCCAUCUCCUUGGUGUCGGUGGCCCAUGUUCUGGGUGAGACUCACCCCCACAGAGGCCUCCGCAGGCAGCCUUCCCACUCCGAUGAAGUGGCCUCUGAAAAAUCUGACACAGAAAAGUCUGGACUCUCUGACAUGUCCACGUCUAAAUACAAGAAAUCUCGCGCUCUCUCCACCCCAGUGGCUGUUACAGGUGAAAUGUCAGUUGACCUCAACAGAGUAUAUGAACGAGCUAGAGUUGCCAAGGAGGAGACGGCGCCUCACAGUCCCGUGAAGUCUAUUCUAAAGAAGAGUGUGACAAUGCUGCACACUCCAUCUGCUGUUUACCACUAUAGUGAAGCCGGAGGAGGAAAUGUCCACCAUAAUAAGGUUAAUGCCAUUUUCCAAGCUGCCAAAAAGGAUCUGCUGCAGGUCAUCCAAAUACAGGACCCCAGUCUGCUGGAGGGGAGGGUGAAUCUUCGCCAGGUCAAAGCCGGAUCUGUUGUGGCCCACCAGGGAGACCAGGUCAGACUGUCGGGCCAACACUGUCAGAAACUCACUUCUUAAAGCACUGAGUGCAAA